UGCACGGAGCAGGAGAAACAUGGCGCUUGCAGGAGCAUGACGGUACUCGCUGUAAUCAGAUAGACAUAAUAAGAUCACAGCAGCGAACGAGACAUGUGAUGAUUGAUAUAAGACAGCGGCGUUCUUGGACAUGUUUGGGAAGAGGAAGAAGCAGCCUGACAUCUCAGCACCAUCUAACUUUGAGCAUCGUGUCCACACGGACUUCAGCCCCCAGGAGCAGAAGUUCACAGGCCUACCCCAGCAAUGGCAGACUCUGCUGGCAGACACAGCCAACCGGCCCAAACCCCUGGUGGACCCCUCGUACAUCACGCCUGUCCAGCUGUCCCCCAUGAAGGGGCCAGUAAAGGCAAACGUGCCGCAGAAGGACGCAUCUAUCAACGGUCUGACGGAGGAGUUUGACAGCGUCUCGGUGACCCCUUCUACCCCGAACCGUGCUAGCGCAGCGGAGGAGAACGGCUUUAGGGGCCGCCACUCACAGUCCUCCAGCGCCCUGGGGAGCUACAGGGAAGGGGACAGGUCUGAGGGAGAGGCGGGCGUGGGGCGACGCUCUCUGUCCGUCAGAGAAAAUGGGCACAGCGUGAGGAGCCCGUUUUACCCCGAUGCAAUGCCAGGGAACCCCAGCCUCUACAGCACACCCCAGGACUACUCCGCCCUUCUGGGCACCAGGGGGCGACACCGGGCCUCCACAGGGAGCGGCUUCCAUGAGUACAGGGAGAAAGCUCUCGGGACGCGGUUGAGGAUAUCGCUACAGAGCGAGCGCGGGGAAUGCUCGGACAGCGACUGGUCGAGCGGUGGGCUGCAGGGCCACAGGAAGCGGUCCAGCUCCUCCUACCUGCCCCCCACCAGCGCGCACACAUACACGGGACUCUUUCAAACCGGGAGCACCCCCUACUGGACACGCACGGGAGAUGACAGCAGGAUGUGGGGUGGGGGCUCCCAACUUCCUGUGGGUGAGACCUUCCCCCGUGGACCGUUCAGACUACCUCAGAGUCCAGCCAAUCCCAGCUGCCCCAGCACCUUCCCGUACCCUGCUUUGCUCAACCACAAGCCCUCCCCCUAUCAACACCCCCCUUCCCAGCCCAGCCCCUCCUACACGCCCCCUGGGGCAUACUCCCACCCCGUAUCCUCAAUCUUCCGCCGAGGGGCGUACCCUCUGCCCGGCGGGGAUUCGUGGCCGGACCAGCAGUCCUCCCGGGUGUCCCACGAGCAGUUCCGAGCCGCCCUGCAGAUGCUGGUCAGCCCUGGGGACCCGCAGAAGCACCUCAACGACUUCAUCAAAAUCGGAGAGGGCUCUACGGGUGUGGUGUGCAUCGCCACGGAAACGCACAGCGGCAGGCGGGUGGCGGUGAAGAAGAUGGACCUGCGGAAGCAGCAGAGGAGAGAGCUGCUCUUCAAUGAGGUGCUUAUAAUGAGAGACUACCGUCACCAGAACGUGGUGGACCUGUACAACAGCUACCUGGUGGGGGACGAACUAUGGGUUGUCAUGGAGUUUCUGGAAGGCGGAACCCUGACUGACAUUGUGACUCAUGUCAGGAUGAAUGAAGAGCAGAUCGCCACAGUCUGUCUAUCUGUCCUGAAGGCACUGUCCUUUCUCCACACGCACGGGGUCAUCCACAGAGACAUCAAGAGCGACUCCAUCCUGCUCACCAGUGAGGGAUUGGUAAAGCUGUCUGAUUUUGGGUUCUGUGCACGGGUGUCUGGAGAGGUCCAGAAGAGGCGGUCUUUGGUUGGCACGCCAUACUGGAUGGCUCCUGAGGUCAUCUCUAGGGUGCCAUAUGGUGCUGAGGUGGAUAUCUGGUCUCUGGGGAUCAUGAUAAUAGAGAUGGUGGAUGGAGAGCCCCCAUACUUUAAUGAGCCCCCCCUCCAAGCCAUGAGGCGGAUCCGGGACAACCUGCCCCCCCGGCUAAAGGAGUCCCAGAAGGUGUCGCCGAUGCUGCGAGCGUUCCUGGAUCUGAUGCUGGUGAGGGAGCCCUCCCAGCGGGCCACUGCUCAGGAGCUGCUACGACACCCUUUCCUCAAACUGGCCGGCCCCUACUCCUGCAUCCUACCCUUAAUGAGGGAUUAUCGUCAGCGCUGACCCCAACCCCCCUGCGGCAGGACGGCGCCACCAUUGAGGAAAGUCACGUCUCAGCACUAACAUCGUGACCACUAUAGUACUGUAGUGUAGCUCAGGAAAAAUAAAGAAAAAAAAACA